UUAUAUAAGAUUGUGGCUAAAAUUCUUUCAAAUCGACUUAAGGAAGUUUUGCCAACUAUUAUUAGUCCCUCACAAUCAGCAUUCAUUAAAGGCAGAAGCAUUAUGGAUAAUAUCCUGCUAGCUCAAGAGCUUGUUAGUGGAUAUCAUAGACAGGGGCUUUCAUCUAGAUGUGCUAUCAAAAUUGACAUAAUGAAAGCUUUCGACUCUGUGAAUUGGAACUAUCUGUUCCUUAUGAUGAAUGAUAUGGGUUUCCCUGAGCAAUUCUGGAAAUGGAUUAAAUGUUGCAUUCAAAUUGCACAUUAUAACAUAAAUGUCAAUGGUAGUCUUUGUGGCUACUUUCGAGCUAAGAAGGGGGUUAGACAGGGUGACCCCCUUUCCCCGUACUUGUUUACAAUAGUUAUGGAAGGACUCUCUACUUUGUUGAUGAGGGCUGGUUAGGAAGGGAGAAUCCCUUUUCAUCCACAGUGCAAAAUGGUGGCAUUGAAUCACAUGUGCUUUGCUGAUGACAUCAUUGUCUUUACAAAGGGGUCAACCCAAGCCAUUCUUCAGGUUAAACAGGUGCUGCAGCAGUUUUAUGGUAUUUCUGAUCUUCAAUUCAAUCCAUCCAAGUGCGAAGUCUACUUUGGAGGGGACUCUAUUAAGUACAAAUCAAAUGCUCUUACGCUUUCUGGAUUCCAAGAAGGUAAGCUUCCUGUUCGUUACUGGUUGACAGAAUCACCAAAAGAAUAAAUACUUGGCGAGCUAAAAAGCUCUCUUAUGCGGGUCAAUUGCAAUUAUUAAACUCUAUCUUGAUGGGGAUAGUGCAUUUUGGAUGCAACCUUUUGUUCUCCCCAAAAAGGUACCGAAACAGGUGCAAAAGGUCUGCUCCCAGUUUCUGUGGCAUGACAUUGAUGAGGGGAGGACAAAGAUUGCUUGGGAGAAGCUAGCGUUUCCGAAGAAAGAAGGAGGACUGGGGGUUAAAGAUCUUCAGGCUUGGAACUUAGCUAGCACUGCUAGAAUGUUAUGGUUGUUUCUUAUUAAAUCUGGGACUCUCUGGGUAGCAUGGAUGUAUGAGUAUAAAUGCAAACAGGGUGAUUUAUGGUCGAUGAAAUCUCAGUACAGCAGUUCCUGGACCUGGAGGGAGAUUACUCAAAACAAGAGAUAAGCUAAGGCCAUGGAUACAACAGAGGGAUGGUGAAAUCUAUUGGGGAGCAAAGCUAAUGCCUGUAUAAUCUGUUCAACAUGUUUGAGAGUCUUUGCGUGCAAAGCAAUCAGAGGUGCCUUGGUUUAAUCUCGUAUGGAGUAAGUUCUGUCCCCCUCGUUAUAGUUUUAUUGCAUGGCUUAUCGUGAGGAAUGUUAUUGUGACGAAGGAUAAGCUAAUGAGAUGGCGGAAGUUGAUGAUUGCUUCUUGUCCAUUGUGUACAUUUCCAAUGGAUUCAAGAGAACAUCUUUUCGUGCACUAUUCCUUUUCUCGCAGCCUUGUCUCGAGUUUAAAUUGCAGGUUGUUUGAUGCUAGGGAUUGGGAUACAAUGCUAGCUACAGCAAGCUCUAUGGUUCGGCCCUCAGGGAACGCGAGUUGGCAUGGGGUUGUGUGGUGUAUGGUGCUGACUUAUAUAUGGAGAGAGCGCUGCAAAGUUGUUCAUGGUGGCACAAGACCGGAUCCUGAAAAAGUUGCUGCCUAGCUGCAAGCAGAUUUACAAUACUUAGUUGCUGGAAAUGCUAUGCUGCAAGGAGACUUAGCACAUUUGGGGUAUCUUUAAACAGACUGUGGUGUGUUGAUUUUCUGUUUUGAAAGUUUUGGUUGGUAGCUGCUAUAGAUAAUUUCAAAGUAGAGUAUAGUCGUAAUAUGUUCUGACAUAGAGUCUCAGGGCUUUGUCUUCGCUCUAUUGGUUUCCUUUUUCGCAUUAAUAAGAGAGAAACUGAUUCAACGAAGAAAAAAAAUAUAUGUAAUUUUCCAAAUUUUAUAGUAACUAGUAAGUGACCAGAAAAUUCAAAAUUAAAAUAAAAAAUCUAAAAAACUAAAAUACCAACAAAUUACAAAUGAGCAACCAAACAACAAAUUUGAAUUACAUGUAUUUCAAAUGCUAGUAUUUCAUAUGCACACAUUUUAAAUACAUGUAUUUCAAAUACAUUACAUUUGAAAUACACAUAUCCAAACGCACCCAUAGUGAAUUGUGAAAGAUGGUAGGGUGUGUUUGGAUAAAAUGAUUUGAAUUUGGUAUUUGUGGUUUGGAUUUAUAAAUGUCAAAUCAUUUGUUUUGAUAUUAAUCAUAUUUUGGUAUUUGGAUUUGUGGCAAAUUCAUGGAGUUAUUUCCAAAUAUAUGCCUAGUGUAUUACUUGUUAACUUCAAAUACAUUUCAAUAACUUGUGAUUUGAAAUACCUUCUGACAAAAGAUUCGAUCUUUUUGUCAAAUUUUAAAGGUUUAGGUAUUAUAUUGUGAGACAAAAGCAUAUAAAGGUACUAAAACCUAAUUUUAUCAUCAAAUUUUUUGGACCUUUUCGUAAAAUUUUAAAACUUAAUGUACUACAUUGUAAGAAAAAUAAAUUUGGGUACCAAACUAUAAUUUACCAAAAUUGUAAUAAAUAAUAAGAAAAUUCAAAAUUCAAAUAAAAAAUUCAUAAAAUUUGAAAUACAAACAAACUACAAAUGGAUAUCCAAACAACGAAUUUGAAUACACUUAUUCAAACUCACGCAUUUAUAAUUUGGAUUUAUUUGGUUGAGAUUUGAUGAGCAAAAUGAAUUGAAGCAGGAAAGUCGGGCUCGGAAUGGUUGGUGUGUGGGGAAUUAAGUUAUAUGGGCCCAGCCCGAGUGCAUUAAAAGCCUGUUGUUCUGUCCAGUACAGGAUGGCCUGGCCCUAUCAUUAUCAUUACUAUGAAAAUUAUUAAUGACUCAUUCACGGGCAGUUCCCGUGCCAACAUAAAUCUCCGAGUGGUCCAUUUAGCUCUCCGUAGCCGUUGCUGUUUAACGAAGAAUAUCAGUCGGUAUUGGGCCUCAGGCCUGUGAUUAGGUGAUUGGAUUAGUGUGCAAUUGCAGACGCCAGACUCAGUCCUCGGCCCGGCUUUUAGAAGUGUUUUUCGGUUUCAAAAGCUGAAGCAGCGCCAAACACCUCUAAAAGCUCGGCUCCGAAAAGCGCUUUUGUAUAACAUAAAACUAGAAGCUCCAAAUUAGAGCUCUGCGAAAAGCUGUUUUGAAAAUACAAGAUUAUCCUUACCAUAUUUUAAUUUUAUUUCAGAAAAUAUAAUUUUCCUUCAUUUAUAUCAUUUUAAAAAUAAAAUAAAUUAUAAAAUCAUAUGAUUUAAUAUAAAAGAAAUCUAACAAGAUUCAUUUUGACUAAUUUUUAUUGUUUAAAAUUUUUAUUUUUAUUUUAUAUUAUAAGUCAUUUAUAAUCAUUUUACACAACCACUCAUAUUAAAAAGUACUUCUAAUAGUUUUACAGUCAAACACUGAACUGUUUUUUUUUUUAAAGUACUUAUCUAAAAACUUCAGCUAGAAACUGCUUCUACAAAAGCUAGGCGAAACUAAGUUACAGUAUAGUUGGCGAAAAAAGUUUUUCUACAAAAUGAAAAAAAGAGGGGGAAAUCAAAACGUCCUCCCCUUUGCCCUCUCGAACAAAUGAUUCGUCAACUCUUAUGAUUACCAGUUCACUUGAAAAGGAAGAAUCUCAAGAAAGCCAGCCAAUUUGCCAUUAUGGAGGAUGGACAAAGUUGCUCAGAUCGUUAUAUAGGGUUAAUUCUUUCUUCAUCAUGGCGCAUGCUCACCACCACUUGCAUUUGCAGCAGGUAAAAGGAAAGCUCGCUUUCCCCCACCAUUAAUGAGCCUCCAAAAUGGGUGAAACAGAAUAGUAGCGUGCCGGGGACGGCAGCUGAUGAGCAGGCGACGAGGCUCCUCGCCGGCACAAUUUUGACUAAUUUGCGCUACUGCACAGCUGUGUAUUUUUCAAUUGCCGGCCCCACUUGGUUCAAAGGCUUUAAUGAUAUUAAUUUAGGGGGUUCCUUUGUCUCCCUCUUUCUGUAAUCUGCAGUGUGAAAAAUUCUCCGGUGGCAGAUGAUUUGAAUAGAAAAUCAAUUUCCCUGUUGCUCAGCUGAGCUCCUACUAUCACUGCCCUUCCUGGCUUCUUCCCUUCCCUAUCUCACUCCGAGAGCAUUAGAUUUCAUAAUUUAAUAAUGGGGAGAUCUUUCGGCUUGUUAAACAAUUCGAUUGUUUGAAAAAGAAAUUGGGCGGAUUUGGGAACUGGGUAGUCUGCUUGGGGAGGGAAGUGAGCGAGGGGAGAUGAAAAAGGAGGCAGCAUCAGCAUCUGAGUAGAAUAGAACUGGGAGGGGAAUAAGAAGAGAGACACAGAAGAAAACAAACUUUGGGAGAAAGAAAGAUAGAAAUCAGAAAGACUUUUGUUCUCCUCCCAAGCUUUGGAUUCUCGGUCGUGGAGGAGAUGUACUGUGGUGGUGGGAUUGAUGUGCUGUGGGUUCAUUCGAUGCUUUUCGGAUAUGAAAGGUACUUUCUUUCUUUCUUUCUUUGGACGAGCUCUUGAUUUGAUUCUCCUAAUUCGCGUUUUCCUUUUUUUUUUGGUAGAAUUCGCGUUUUCCUUGAUGUAUAGUAUUUUAUAUUUAUUGUUUAGGGUUUUGGUCUCCUAACUAUUGCAGUUUCUUUCCAAAGUUGUGGUAUUUUCUUGCCGGAUUCUCCUGCAUUCUCCGCUUUCAUCUGGGUUUGGUUUCAAUUCUUCCAAAACAUAUAUCUUUAUCUGUUUAGGGUUCCUGGGUUCUCAACCUCGCAUCCUCGUUCUUCUUCUGUGUUUGUGUGUCUGCUGAUCAUGUGUUUAUUUGGAGAAUUCUGGGGCACCGAGCCAAAACCAAACCUUAGCGAGGCAAUUUGAAUGCUUGGAGAUGUAAUUAUCGGUUAUAGUAAUGGUUUCAGUAUGUUUGGUCUCGAGAAAUUGGAACUGCAAGAACUGACAAUUGGGGGGUUUAUGGUGUUCUGUUGUUUAGUCUGAUUCCGUUUCCAGAUUAGAUUUUUCCUUUUAAGGUCCUUGGUUCUCUUAGAACGAACCACCUGCAGACCUGCAUGGUUUUCAGUUCCUGACAGUACUCUAAUUGUUGUUCUAUUUUUUCUUCUUCUAUAUGGUUCCUGUUUCUGCUGUCAAUUGAAGAGUUCCCAGUUUUAUGAGAGAUAAUGACACUUAAGGCUCGGAUUCAGAACUGGAGGCUUCGGUUUAGCGUGAGGUUCGGGAAAAUGAUGAAGUGUAUGCGCUCUGGGGAGCAGUUAAGAGUUGACGAUAUGGCUGCUUCCUCGUCGGAGUCUUUGGCAACUAAGGACUAUUCAGCAAGUGGCUAUUCUUCUCGGGCCGCUGAGCCCGACUCCAAGCUUGAUAAUAGCAACAUUGAAGAAGCAGAGUUGUCCCUUCGCGAGAGUGGGUUUUUGAAUUACGAGGAAGCAAGAGCAUUGUUAGGGAGGCUGGAGUAUCAAAAGGGAAAUAUUGAAAGCGCACUUCAUGUCUUUGAAGGAAUAGACAUAGCUGCAGUGACUUCUAGGAUGAAAGUUGCACUAUCUAAGAAAAUUGAUCAUCAGAAUAGGCGACGGUCCCAAAGUGAUCCUGCUCCACCAAUGUCCAUGCAUGCCAUCAGCUUACUUCUCGAGGCUGUUCUUCUCAAGGCAAAAUCAUUGCAGGGUCUUGGGAGGUUUUCAGAGGCUUCUCAGUCCUGCAAAAUAAUUUUAGACACUGUUGAGUCUGCAUUGCCAGAUGGUGUAUCAGAACAGGUUUCUACUGAUUGCAAGUUGCAAGAGAUUUUGAACAAAGCAGUGGAGUUGCUUCCUGAGCAAUGUAAGCUUGCUGGGGCGCCCGAAGAAGCUAUUGUAGCAUACCGGCGUGCCCUCCUUUAUUACUGGAAUCUGGAUACAGAAACAACUGCUAGGAUACAGAAAGAGUUUGCCAUUUUCCUUCUGUAUAGUGGUACUGAUGCAAUUCCUCCAACUUUGCGUUUCCAAAUGGAUGGUUCUUUUGUGCCAAGAAACAACAUAGAAGAGGCAGUCCUUCUGUUACUUAUUCUUUUGAGAAAAUUUGCGCUCAGGAAGAUUGGAUGGGAUCCAACAGUCAUGGAUCAUCUAUCUUUUGCAUUGUCUGUGUCGGGGGAUCUAAGGGCACUUGCUUAUCAAGUGGAAGAGUUGCUUCCAGGGACUACAGAAAGGCAAGAGAGAUUUUGUACACUGGCUCUUUGCUAUCAUGGAGAAGGUGAUAAUGAAGUUGCACUAAAUCUUCUAAGGAAUUUCCUAAAGGAUAGAGAAAGUAAGAGCUGCAACAUGGAACUAUUGCUUGCUUCUAAGAUAUGUGCAGAGAAUUCUAUGCAAGUUGAUGAAGGGAUUAUUUAUGCAUGCAAAGCUCUUUGUGACCCUGGAAGAUGUGUCCAAAUAGCAAGCACUAGUAACUGCCUUUUGGGUCUUUUACUUUCAAAUAAGUCAAGAUUGGUUGCUUCUGAUUCUGAAAGGGUUGUAAAGCAGUCCGAGGCAAUUGAGAAGCUUGAACUUGCCGAGAGACUGAUGAAAGAGAAAGACCCAUAUGUUGUAUAUCAUCUGGCCCUAGAAAAUGCUGAGCAGAGGAAGUUAGCUGCUGCACUGACUUAUGCAAAGCAGGCUUUGAGACUGGAAGCUGGCUCUUCUGCAAAAACAUAUGUGCUUUUGGCUAGGGUACUGUCUGCUCAAAAACGGUUUGCUGAUUCUGAGACUGUGAUCAGUGCUGCUAUAGAUCAGACUGGGAGGUGGGAUCAUGGUGAACUGUUGAGAACAAAAGCGAAAAUCCAAGUGGCACAGGGCCACCUAAAGAGUGCAAUUGAGACAUACACUCGCCUUCUCGCUAUUCUCCAAGUUCGAACUAAAAACACUGGCUUGGAGAAGAAACUUCACAAGAGUAGCAGGACCAGUGAUAGGAAGCUGGAAAUGGAGACCUGGCAUGAUCUAGCUAACGUAUACACGAGCAUGUCUCAAUUGCGAGAUGCUGAGGUCUGCCUUUCUAAAUCCAUUGUUAUCAACCCGUAUUCUGCAUCAAGAUGGCACGCCACAGGUGCACUAUACGAAGCAAAGGGAAUGCACCAAGAAGCACUGAAAGCAUACAAGGCCGCGUUAGAUGCCGAGCCAUCCCAUGUCCCAAGCCUGAUAUCCACCGCUUGUGUCCUCAAAUUCCUCGGUGUCAACUCAUUGCCGGUCAUCAAAAGCUUCAUCACCGAUGCUCUUCGAUUCGACAAGCUGAACCAUUCCGCAUGGUACCAGCUUGGACUGAUCAAUCAGGCUGAUCCGAGUGCAUCAGCAGCCGAUGCUUUGGAAUGCUUUGAGGCUGCUGCUAUGCUGGAAGAAACUGCACCAGUAGAACCGUUCAGAUGACCCCGAUCGACUAGUGCACAGCUCUCGUCGGGGCUCUAUGAAGCACAGUUAAGUUGUAAAUUGUAACUUGAAGAUGCAUUUUUCCCCUUGUACAAUCUGUCUUGCAUUAGUAGAUGUGAUAUAUAGAGGUGCAGAUAUACUAAUUAUUUGCCAUUGUUGUCUAAGUUUUCACAGCUUGGAGUGAUUUAUGCAGUCCACCUUUUUUUCUUCCCUUUUUGAAAGAUUUCUUCAGAUAAGCAGAUGUAUGAUUGAUUGUAGAAAAGAAUGGAUGUAAAUGUUAUCAACUCCUUUUUAUCUUAUUUUAUAAGAAACAUAUAUCCUGUGUGAAGGUGGUUGGUUAUCUAUGGGGCGUGCCAGAAGAAUGACAGAACGAGCAAAUAGGAGGUUGGGAACAAAUGACCUCAUGAAGCAUGCGUGAAGCUGGUUGGUGGGAGGUCCAAGGAACAAUCUUUAUUGAGAAACUAGUUGUGUAAUAGAAAUUCAAGCUCGAUUGUAGUAGGUUUAUAGGGUAUAAUAUGCCCCUCUAUUAUGACGUUUUAUCAAAUAUGUCCCUAUACUAUUUUUUACAUCAAACAUGCCCCUGUACUUUGAAAAAAUUAUCAAACAUGCCUUUCUGUUAAACUUUCCAUUGAAAAAAUCGUCAAUCAUAGUUGAACCGAGAUAUAGACGACCCGACAUAUGCAAAUGAGAGCGAAAAUGUCAGUUUUGUCUCUCGUUUUAUUUCUCUGUGUCUCUUCAAAGUGAAAUUAUUUGAUUUUUUUGGCUAUACAAAAGAACCAAAAAAAUUCUAAAGUAAAAUUAUUAGGGAUAUUUUAGACAUUUGUGUCACCCAAACCAAAGUUCGGCCUUUGUUAACGGAUUUUGGAUGGAAAUUUUAACAGAAGAGCAUGUUUGACAAUUUUUUCAAAGUACAGAGGCAUGUUUGAUGUAAAAAAAAAUAAUCGAGAGACAUGUUUGAUAAAUCGUUAUAGUAGAGGAGCAUAUUUUACCUAUAACCCCUUGUAGUAUAAUCAAAUAAUAGAGCGUGCUAUUCGGAGGCUGAAAAUACAUGAAGAUCUAUAGGCAAAUAGAUUCAAAAUAGGGGUAGAAAAAAAAGAGUCGAGUCCAAAAUUAUUAUUUGCUAUAUACUUAUAUAGUAAACUAUUAAAUUGUAA